AUGGGACAUGUCGACGGGCAGCAACAAAUGUCCACUUUGAGACAUGAGAGUGCGUCAAGUGGAAGUACUGGAAAACGAACAAAACGACGUUCACCAUCGAAUAGUAGCAGUAGAGACUCUGAUUACAGACACGAUGAAAGAUUAAAAUCACGUCGAAGGUCAUCCAGCCAUGACCGAGACUCAUCGUCAUCUAGUAGUGAUGGUGAUCGUGAAGAGGAUGAAAGCAUAGAGGAAGAUGAUGCGACCGAAAGUGAUCGAAGUUCUCUUAGUUCUGUAAAGGAAGUUAUAAGAUGGGAUUAUAGAAUAAAUUUGAUUGGUCGUCGUGUGAAAGAUACAAAAGCAUUUUGUUGUUUUAGUUGUGCUUAUCCAGUGCUAGUAGCUGGAAGAUUGCUUCCUUGUAAACAUGUCUUCUGUCUUCAAUGCGCACAAAAAUGUAAAAAUGAUAGACGAAAUUGUUCCAAAUGUAAUGAUGCAAUCAAUGAUCUAGAAAAAAUUGAGGCAAAAAAUUUAAUUAUGUGUUUAUACGGUGGUCACCGUAAUUCACAUGAUGUAUGUUUACGAGGCUACACAUCUCAACGUGAUUUAAAUGCGCAUGUAAAACGACGACAUGAACGAAAUAGUGGUACAAAUAUUUCUACACCAAGUGUCAAUGAAUCUCUGUCACCUCGUUCACAACAAAAAGACAAUUUUUCAAAUUAUCCUCAGCCCACCGGUCAUAUACCUUCUCAAAGUAAUGUAUCACAACAACAAGCGCCACCUUCACAUCCAACGAGACUGCCACCUCCAACUUUAGCCGGUCUUGAUUCCUUAUCGAACAAUUUAUAUGAUCCAUUAGCUCUAUUUCAUCAGAACGAUCAUUUUCCACGUGCUCCAAUGUUAAGUGGUGUCGCCCCGCUACCGCCUCCACCACCACCAUUACCAUUUGUAGGUUCAACUUCUCAAACAACGCAGCCUCCAUUACGUUAUCCAACACCGCAUAAUCAAUAUCCUCAAAUACCGGGAUCUUAUUUACAACCUCCUCUACAAACUUCUCAUGUUUUUACAAAUCCACAACCUCAUCAAUACUAUUAG